CAGUACAAACUUGUGAGGAUUAACUCACUCUAAAACCCUUUAAACCUCUGCACUGUAGUGCAUUGUUGAACACAAAGAAGAUGCAGCGCGUCGUAAGAAAACUAACCAGCAUAAUUUCACACAGACAAUUUCGCUCGCAGGUUGUAGGUUUUCGUGCCUAUUGCACUGGCGGGGUUGUUUUUGAUGUUGGACAGCCAACCUCCGCAUCUCAUCCCCAGCUACUAAAAGAUGGGGAGCUCACACCGGGCAUAUCUACUGAGGAAUACAUCCUAAGAAGAAAAAAGUUGUUGGAACUUCUCCCAGAGAAGAGUUUGGCAAUCAUCGCUGCUGCCCCAGUAAAGAUGAUGACAGAUGUUGUGCCUUAUACAUUUCGACAAGAUGCUGAUUACUUGUAUAUCACAGGCUGCCAACAGCCUGGUGGUGUGGCCAUUUUGGGACACGACUGUGGUUUAUGCAUGUUCAUGCCAGAAGCUAAGCCUUAUGAUGUUAUUUGGCAAGGGCAGAUAGCAGGAGUUGAUGCAGCAGUAGAUACAUUCAAGGCUGAUAAGGCAUAUCCAAUGAGAAAAUUGCAUGAGAUCCUUCCCGAUAUGAUAAAGGGAUCAUCAAAAGUGUUCCACAAUGUCCAGACUGCAACUCCAUCAUAUAUGGAAAUGGAAGCAUUCAAAAAACUAGCUUACUGUAACAAUGUAAUGGAUCUAGCUGUUUACACCCAUCAACUGCGAUGGAUAAAGUCACCAGCAGAGCUUAAGCUGAUGAAGGAAUCUGCAUCCAUCGCUUGUCAGGCUCUUUUGUUGACAAUGCUACAUUCAAAGACAUACCCUUUUGAAGGUACACUUGCAGCAAAGGUUGAAUAUGAAUGCAAAAUUAGAGGUGCCCAGCGGAUGGGAUUCAAUCCUGUGGUUGGUGGUGGACCUAAUGGAAGCAUUAUACAUUAUUCUAGGAAUGAUCAGAGAAUUAAACAAGGGGAUCUUGUUUUGAUGGAUAUUGGAUGUGAGUUACAUGGCUAUGCCAGUGAUCUUACCAGGACAUGGCCACCUUGUGGUAGCUUUUCUUCUGCCCAGGAGGAGCUUUAUCAGCUUAUACUGGAAACAAAUAAGCAUUGUGUGGAACUUUGUAAGCCUGGUGCCAGUAUUAGGCAAAUACACAACCAUUCGGUUGAAAUGCUGCAAAAAGGACUCAAAGAGCUUGGGAUUUUGAGAGGUGUUGGAAGCAGUUCCUACCAUAAGCUUAACCCAACUUCUAUAGGUCACUAUCUAGGGAUGGACAUCCAUGAUUGUUCAAUGGUCAGCUUUGACGGUCCUCUGAAGCCAGGUGUUGUAAGUAGUUUCCCUGACAAAGCAAAUUUUUUCCAUCUCCACUAACCACUGACAGAUAAUAUUUAAUAAUCACUUGUCACACGUGGUUAAUGGAGAUAUCUUUGCCUUAUUCCUCUAAAAUUAUAAUCCAUUAUUGUUUCAGAUAUAUGGAGAAAUUGAUUUAGAUUAUGGAGAAAUUGAAUUAUAGAUAAUUUAAAAACUUUAAAUACUCAUUCAUGGAGCAAUAAUGUCUUUCUUCAUGGAGACAUAGAGGAGAAAAUUUACAUGGAGCAACCUUAUGGGUUAGUUUGUGAAUUGCGCCAAUCUCUCUAUCUCUCUAUGAUCUUAAACAAUCACCAAAUGCUUCGUAUAGAAAAUUCAGCCAUUUUACAGCACUUUGGGUUUAGUGAAAUAGAUUAUUUAGUCUUUUAUUGUCCAACUUCUAUGGAGUAAUGUGUGUACUUAAUCGUGUACGUUGAUGAUAUAGUCAUUCCAGGGAAUGAUGCUACUAAAACUUUUAAGCUAGAGAAACAUUUAUGCAAUCACUUUUGGACCAAAGAUCUUAGAUGUCUCAAAUACUUCUUCAGUAUUGAAGUAAUUUGAUCAAAGGAAAGUAUUGUGAUUUCUCAACAAAAAUUGAUUGUAGAAUAGAUUGAGCUCUUCUCAUACCCAAAAGAAUAUAAAAGACUCGUUGGGAAA